UUGCUAUAGCUAAGUAGAGAUUCUAAUUGCAUGUGGCUUUGUCUUGAGCAGGAAAGUCUGCAGAAAUCCACUAUGGAUCUGGAUCAAUUUCUGGUUUCUUUAGUGAAGAUCAUGUCACCAUCGGUAACCUAAUUGUUAAAAAUCAGGAUUUUAUUGAAGCCACUAGUGAACCAAGUGUCACAUUCCUGGUUGCCAAGUUUGAUGGGAUUCUAGGACUUGGAUUUCAGGAAAUAUCAGUUGGGGAUGCUGUACCUGUGUGGUAUAAUAUGGUCAACCAAGGACUUAUCAAAGAUCCUGUUUUUUCAUUCUGGUUUAACCGAAAUGCUGAGGAAGGGGAGGGAGGUGAAAUUGUUUUUGGAGGAGCUGAUCCAAACCACUAUAAGGGUGAACAUGUAUAUGUCCCUGUUUCUCAGAAAGGUUACUGGCAGUUCAACAUGGGAGAUUUGUUUAUUGGUGAUGAAGCUACUGGCUUAUGUUCUGGUGGGUGUGCGGUAAUUGCAGAUUCUGGAACUUCUUUGAUUGCCGGGCCAACGGCUGCUAUUGCAGAAAUUAAUAACAGAAUCGGAGUUUCUGGUGUUGUUUCUCAAGAAUGCAAAGCAGUAGUUGCUCAAUAUGGGCAACGAAUUUUUGAAAUGUUGAUAUCACAGACACAACCUACCAAAAUGUGCUCUCAGAUUGGUCUAUGUGCUUCUGAUGGAACUGGCGCCGUUAGUAUUGCCAUUGAGAGCGUAGUCAGUGAAAACAAGGAUGUUUCAUCUAGUCUGCACAAUGAUGCUAUGUGCAAUGCUUGUGAAAUGGCACUUGUGUGGAUGCAGAAUCAGCUAAGCCAGAACCAGACACAGGAGGAAAUGUUGAAUCACAUCAACGAGCUAUGCGAACGGCUGCCCAGCCCCAUGGGAGAAUCAUCUGUGGACUGUGCUGCCAUACCUUCCAUGCCUAGUGUCUCUUUCACCAUUGGUGAUAGGAUAUUCGAGCUUCAACCAGAGCAGUACAUUCUCAAGGUUGGUGAGGGAGCUGAAGAACAGUGCAUCAGUGGGUUCACAGCUUUGGAUGUUCCACCACCACGAGGCCCUCUCUGGAUAUUGGGAGAUGUAUUCAUGGGAGUCUAUCAUACUGUGUUUGACUAUGGCAACUCGAGAGUUGGCUUCGCACAAGCAGCUUAGACAAGUAUGCGAUGACUUGAUCAUAUCCUGAAAUACUUGUUUUAAGUGUUUUAUUAUUAACGCAAAGACAGUAUAUGUGUAUACAAAAUUGUGUUUGCUAUGUUCACUCUCCUUGAAUUACUAAAAUGCGUUUGGUAAUCGACUUGUGGUUUUCA